AGUGGCCUAUCCCCAGGUGCAUGUCUUUGGAGGUGGGAGGGGCCUAUCCCCAGGUGCAUGUCCUUGGAGGUGGGAGGAAGGCACUAACCCCUGUUCCACCGUGCUGCCCGCAGCUAGAAGUCAAACAUGGAUAAGUGUGGAGAGAAUGUUCUGCAUUUUCCCAUCAUGCCUUGCAAUGCAUUUAAAUGGUUGCAUUACGAAUUUAUUUAUUUUUUUAUGAUAAUGGAUCAUUUUUCAUUUCAUAUCCACAAAGUUCAGUGAGCGGGUUGUUUUAUGUGUGACCAUGUGUGUUGACUUUUUGUGUUGGUACUUUUUUUUUUUUCUGCACCAUGACUAGGAAAUGUUUUGUAGAUGUCAAGAUAGUACACAUCCUGGUCACUGACCUGAACUUCUUGGAAUACCCACAAGAUGGCGACAAAUUGCUACCUGACAUCCCCCUGACAUACCCCUGGAGAUCCAGUGCAAACCGCCUGCAAGAAAGUUCUCUUUCCUGGAGGAGCAGGACACCUUGCAGCUGUUGAUGAAAUGGUCCAUGCUUGGGAGGCUCUCUGCACAAACCUUCAGCUUUGACCAGAGUUUUUACCCUUACCUGGCUAAAACAUUCGCCCUGUGCUUCUUCAGAGAUGCCAAGGUGUUGUCCAGUCUGAGAAUGAUGGCAGCCUGGGAGCCUCUCAUCACAGACAAAGUUGUGUCCGUGGAUGUGGAUGUGGUACCAUGCACCAAAAUCUCCAUGGACUUAUUUGACCCCAUCUACACUUGUGGCAUCGUGAACAGCUCAGGACGCAUCGCCACAUGCUUCCACGAAGUCCACCCUGACUACGACAAACUCCGAGAGAUGCUGCGAGACGAGGACUCCCAGCACUACCAGGUAGUCGGGAGCGCCGAGCGAGGGGAGUUUCUGUUUCACCUCUUCAAGCAUCUCUGCCUGGGAGGAGAGCUGAACCAGUACGAGGACACCAUGGAGCCUUACAUCAGCACCACCAAGAACAUGUACAAAGAUCUCAUCAGCGUUCAAAAGCAUCCAGAAAGCAAAAAGAUCAGCGUGGUCUCUACAGUGCUCAAAGUCUACGCCUUUGAUGAACUGGGCCGCUGUUACCCAGGACCACGCGAGGAAGAGCAGACAUUUGCUUACAUGGUAGUGGACCCCUUCAAGCGCCACGUGACUCUACUCUGCCACUCUUUUGGUAUCGGGAACAUGUCCCUUUAAUCUGGUUCUGAGGCCUUCACAAUCACAAUAAAC